GAUUAAUUUUUUCGGUGGAAUUGAUUUCGACACACGUCAACAACCUACAUAAGUGUUUGGGAAAUGAGUAAAGAAUAUAAAUAAACAUCACACAUGAUUCAAUAAAUAUUAAUUUGUGAAAGGUUAAUACCGCAAAGCUUUUGCUUAAGAAACAUCCGCGUGUUUUGUUAUUUCAAGGCUUCCGUCGACGGUUGUCGAUUCGUCGUCGACAUUUUUGAAAGUUCGGCGCGAUUAUUUUGCCCUCUCAACCAUUGUGAAAACACAGCAUGGCCGAAUUCACCUCGCCCGAGACGUCCAGAAUUAGGAGUGUCGGAAGCGGAGGAGGAACCCCCAUCAACAUCCCCGCUUCGCCGUUCAUGAAGAAGCUCGGCUGCGGGACGGGAGUCAGCGUCUACCUGAUGGACAGAGUGGGGAAGAUCAACGCGUCGCCCUGGGCCAUCAAGAAGAUCAACAGCAAAUGUGCCAGCAAACAGGCCGAGGUCUACCAGAAGCGUUUGGAGCAGGAGGCCAAGGUCCUCAAGGGAAUCCACCAUCCCAACAUCGUUGGGUUCCGGGCGUUGGCCACGGCCAAAGACGGCUCCGACUGUCUGGCCAUGGAGUUCGGAGGGGAGCAGUCACUCAACGACCUCAUCGAGAAGCGCAAAGAAGACGGCCUGCAGGCCUUUCCCGCCGCCGACAUUGAAAAAGUGGCGCUCCAUGUUGCCCGUGGGCUGCAGUAUCUUCACAACGAGAAAAAACUGCUGCACGGCGACAUGAAGUCUUGCAACGUGGUCGUCAAGGGCAACUUUGACGCAAUCAAGAUCUGCGACGUGGGCGUGUCCCUCCAGCUGGACGAGAACAUGACAGUGUCGGACCCCGAGGCCGAGUACAUCGGGACGGAACCCUGGAACCCCAAAGAGGCCUUGGAGGCGGGCGACAUCACAGACAAGGCCGACAUCUUCGCCUACGGGUUGACCCUGUGGGAGAUGAUGACCCUGGCCAUGCCUCACAUGGAUCUGCUGGAACAUGAUGAGGAGGAGGAGGAGCAGGAUGAAGACGAGUCGAUAGAGGCGAGCUUCGACGAGGACGCCUACUACGCCCGCCUGGGCACACGGCCGCCGCUGGACCCCGAGGCGCUGGGCGAGUCCUACAGGAGGAUGCUGGAGCUCUUCUACGUAUGUACCGAGGAGGACCCCGAGAGGAGACCCUCGGCCGCGCAAAUCGUGCAGGCGCUGGAGGGCAACGCCCCGCUGGACUAAAACAAGAGCAGCCUCUGAGAUUUGAGCGUCCCGACGACAUCGCUUGUAAAUGUUUCAUUGUGCUGGUUUGUUAUCCCUGUACGCUGUUAAAAUACAUUUGCCUGCAUAGCUUACGUACUUGUCACUUCAUUAAAUACACCUUUGGUAGUAGCCAAACAAAUCUACGCUUACAAACAUAACUCUCAGUUUAGAUUCAUGCUGUCAGAGAACAAUUCAGUUAAUACUUAUUUGUAGUUUGCAGCGACAUACAGUAUUAGAAAUAUGGAAUACCUCUUCAUGUCAAUUUCUAAAUCUUUACCAAAGGAGCAAUUUAUACUGCUCCAGUCUGAUUGAAUUGACCACCGGUACCUAUUUUUCUGCCACACUGACAAAAUGUUAACCUGUUGCAAUGUGCUACACUUGGUGUGUUCUUAAAGCAGAUUUUCUAUUUUGUAUGUGUGCAGUCGUUUUUUUCCUCACUUUUUCCACUUUUAAAUGACCUUUCCUGCAGUGUUGUUUUUAAGAUGCUUUUAAUGAUGUAAAGCACAUUGAGUUACAUUGUGUAUGAAAUGCACUAUAUUAAUAAAUUUGCUUUGCACGUCA